AUGGUCACCCGGCCGCCGCCACCACCACCUAUCCCUUGUGCAACUCUCCUUAAUAAACAGAUCAGCUCCCUCAUUCGGGGUCGGACACUCUCCCUCACCAUCGGAGGAGCUCACAAGCUGAUGACUCCUUUCCUGGCUUCCCUUUCAGGUACUCAAGAAGAUCUUGUAGCUGCAGGGAGCAUCAUGACCCCCAUCCUCUGUGCCCUGCUGAGCCUUGACAGACUCCCCAGACCCUCCCUCAGGGAAGAGAAUGGCUCUUUGGUGCCCGAAGGGAGAAAUGUGACCCUCAGUUGCAGGGGGUCAUGGGAGGCGGAUCUGUACCGUCUAGAGAAAAAGCAAGGAUCUAAAUGGCUCAGAAUCAUGGAUGAGACAGCAGCUGAAAGCAAGGGCAAAUUUUUCCUCUCAUCUGUGACCUGGAGCCAUGCAGGGACCUACUACUGCCGCUACAGACACUCAUCCCUCUGGUCAGAGUCCAGUGAUGCCCUGAAGCUGGUGGUGACAGCCCUGCCCAGCCCAGAGGUGGCCUCAGGCCAGAACGUGACCCUGCAGUGCUGGUCAGAGCUGUGGUAUGACUGGUUUGCCCUGUACAAGGAUGGAGAAGAGAUCAGCCGCAGCAAGAUCCAGCCUCAUCAAAGUGGCUCUCAGGCUAAGUUCCUCUUCCCUACAGUAACCUCUGUCCAUGGAGGGACUUAUCAAUGCUACACCUUCCUCAGCGAUAACCCCUACGUAUGGUCCUCCCCCAGCACCCCCCUGGUGCUCCAGGUCUCAGGGAGAAAUGUGACCCUCAGCUGCCAGGGAUCACAGUCGGCUCAUCUGUACCGUCUAGAGAAAAGGCAAUAUGCUAACUGGUCCAUGAUCAUGGAUGUGAGAGCAACUGGGAGUGAGGCCAAGUUUUUCAUCCCUUCUGUGACAGCAAAUCAUGCAGGGUCCUAUAACUGCAUCUACAGACAUUCCUCCCAGUGGUCAGAGCGCAGUGACCCCAUGGAGCUGGUGGUAACAGACCUCUAUGAUCAGCCCUUCCUAUCCGCCUUACCCGGCUCCGAGGUGGCCUCAGGACAGAACGUGACCCUGCAGUGUUGGUCAAAGCAAUCCCAUGACUGGUGUGCCCUGUUCAAGGAUGAAAAAUGGAUCGCCUACAGCAGGACCCGGCACCAAGAAAGGGGGCAUCAAGCCGACUUCCUCCUCCCUGCGGUGACUGAUGCCCAACAGGGCAUGUACAGCUGUUACAGCAUUCUCAGUGACCUCCCCUCUGUGUGGUCCUCCCCCAGCACCCCCCUGGUGCUCCGGGUCACAGAAGCCUUCUCAGAAUCUAGGAAAAGGACCUUAGGUAAGUACCAGGAGGAUCCCCAACAGAAGAUGGAAGAAGUCAGGGGCCUGAAUGUGUAG